AUGAAUUUUUUAAUUUUCUCAAGCUUUUCGUUUCUACUUGUGUAUUCAGAUAGGCUUGAAAACUCAAUCACUGAAAAUUUGAAUGAAAUUUAUCAGGAAAUUGCUGGGAAAGAAGAAAAAAUAUAUGAAUUUGUAGAGAUUGUUUUCAAAGAAGAAGCUUUGUAUAGCGGCAGACAGGUUAUACUGUUGAAUAAUACAAUGUCAGGAGAGAUUUCCCUGCAUUAUGUGGUAUAUGAAAAAGAAGAUGACUCAAAUAAAACUGAUAUCAUCCUGCAUCAGACCCCAGAUUUUGCUUACUUUCUCCAAUCCUUGAUCGAACGAUUGCAUUUAAAAUUCUAAAUCUCCUAUUUUUUAUCAUAUAUUUUUCAUAUAUUAAAGUAUGAAAUCAAAUCUUUACUAUUCUCAAAAUAGAGCUACCUUAAUUUAUCGAAAACGAAUAAAGACAUAUUGAGGCCUAUUUGAUAAAAUAUUAUGUACUCUAUCUCUUAUCAGUAGUGCAUAAAAUCUCUUAUGUAGAAAAAAAUUUUAAAUAAAUAGUUAACAAAACAAUUUAUACAUAAUUUAUUUUUUUCAAAAUUCUUGAUCGAACUAUAAGAUUAUUCGAUUAAGGAUUGGAAAAUUACAGAGAAAGUGAUAUUAAGCAUAUCACCGAAGCAAUAUUUAAAGAAUUUAAUACCCAAGAAAUUCAGUACAGUGUUUUAACGUCCCCGAAGCGUCAAACUGUAGAAAUUGAGAAGGACAAAGUUUUUAAAGAUAUAAGCUUGGUGAACGCAAUUAUUUUUUAUAAGAAUCAGACUUUUUCUAUCAAUGUAAUUAUAGACGGAGCAAACAAAUCAUCGUUCCACUGACUUACACUACCAAUAGAUAGGAAAGAAGUCUAUACCUAUUCAACAUCGUCUCCAUUUACUCUUGCAAUUAUGUGCACUCUUAUAGUAACUUUUAUUGCUGUUUAUUUUGCGCUUUUUGCUUACUGAAGGUACUCAAAUAGUGUUCCGUUUACUAAAUUCAGGCUAUCCGACUUAAGAGCAUUAAUCACUACUACUCAAACAGAAAGAUCUUUUAAUUAA